AUGGCCAUCCGCGCAGCAUCCUUCCUUCUCCUCGGCGCCGCUCUGGCUUCGGCCAAUGUGCUCGACAGCCGCGCCACUUGCCCACAAGUCCACGUCUUUGGUGCACGCGAGACGACCGUUCCUCCAGGCUACGGUACCGCCGGACCCGUGGUCAACUCGAUCCUCAGCGCCUUCCCCGGUGCGACGGCUGAAGCGAUCACAUACCCCGCAUGCGGUGGCCAAGCUUCCUGCGGCAGCGUCAGCUAUGCCAGCUCGGCCGUCCAAGGCGUCGCCGCCGUCGCCAGCCAAGUCAACGCUUUCAACACUCAGUGCCCCGAUACCUUCCUCGUGCUUGUUGGAUACUCGCAGGGCGGUCAGAUCAUGGAUGAUGCGUACUGCGGUGGCGGCGACACCAACGAGGGUCUCUCGAACACCGCGAUCCCGAUUUCGGCUGCUGCUCAGAAGAAGAUCGCCGCUGCUAUCUUCAUGGGUGACCCGCGCCAUAUCCCCGGCUUGAGCUACAACGUCGGCACCUGCCAGGCAUCUGGCUUCGCCCCCCGUCCCGCCGGCUUCCAAUGCCCCUACGCAUCCAACAUUCAGUCCUACUGCGACGCCGCCGACCCAUACUGCUGCAACGGCAACGACGCCAACACGCACCAAGGCUACGCGACCGAGUACGGUUCGGUCGCGCUCACGUUCGUCAAGAACAAGCUGAACGCUGCUAUCGGUGGUGGUUCGACUGGUGCCUCGACGACUGCCCCCGCGACCACGCCCACUUCGCCCGCUGGUGGCUCUCCCUCCAGCGGCCAGGCUGCGCACUAUGCUCAAUGCGGAGGUAUCGGCUUCACUGGCCCGACGUCGUGUGCCGCGCCCUACACUUGCAUUGUCUCCAACGCCUACUACUCUCAGUGCUUGUAA